GAGAAGUAUAGGUAUAGCUGACACUUUUGAUAUCAUUUAUCUGCACGAACUCGAUGCUGAUGUAAAAGGAUAAGGAAUAGGAAGUGACUCAUCUGAUAUAUAGAUACAUCUGCAUUUCUUUGUAGCUGCUCGCAUGGUAUUGGAACGGAUGAGGACUGGUGAUGACUCCGUCGCAAGUAGUUGCUUCUUGCAUGAUAGUGAUGCAGUAGAUGCCGUGGCUGUGCGCCGCAUGGUUUUUUUUGUUGUUUUCGUAAUUGUACCUAUACGAGAUUAAUACCGUACGAACCGAAAACAGAUCCGUUGCCGCUCCUUUCGCAAGUUGUAAAGGAUCAUGUACCUACGUACCAUGAAAAAACUCGCUUGUGAAUUUUCGCCACGACGCCAUUGCCGGAUGGUUCUUCGCGGCAGAGCUUACAGUAGUGCAGAGGAAGAGUUUUCGACGUCGAGCUCCUGGACAGUAUGCCAAAAUUGGGCAUCCUAUCAUAAUCUCGUUAUCAGUAUCAAGUGCAAGUAUUUCCGGGUUUGGAAAGAUGUCGAGUCUGUAAUGCAGCUUUUGCAUUUGCCCCCCGGCCCCGUCAGGUCACGUAGAAGAUCCGGUUCCGGAGUAUGCAUCGUAGGUUUUACGUUACGUCUGUGAGGUAGUGUUAUAUUAGCGCCACACGUUCUUUCGGUUUUACGAGGGCCACGUAGUCCUUACUCCGCAUGAGAAACAAGCUCACUACUCGCCUAGCAGCAGAAGAGUGAUUUCUGCUUCUUCUUGUCGCGCAAGAUAGAUUUUUUUCUGACUGAGAGAGGGCUUCACAAGUUUGCAUCCUUCCAGAGCCGGACACGUUUGCCGUGAAUAUAUGCCUAUUGAGUUGACAACAUUGUUAAAAUCUUUUGUGGCAUUUCUUGUCAUAGUUUUGAUUUUGUUUCUCGUUUCAGUUUCAGUUUCAAUUUGCUUGUUUGUCCUCGGACCAGAACAUUGCCAAUCAGAUCGAACCAGAACAGCAAUCCAAUCUCUGUCGUACUAAAUGUACCCCCUCGUCUACUUGUAAGAUACAGUUACAGCCCACCUGUUGUCAGAUCAGUACAGAAACUUAUUUCGUGGAAUUUCAUGUGUUGCGCCAAAUAAUCUUAAUCUGCCGGCAGAGU